AUUUUUGAUUCAAAUCUUUUGAAAUAAAAAUAAGAAAGACAGAGAUAUGGAAUCCAGUUGCCCUUCCACCCCUCGCUGGAACCUCGAUAGACCUUUCCUCACCGGCCGAUUUCACCAGGAAAUAAAGGGGACAUCUCGGUUCGCAGCUGAUGCGAAGGGUUUUUCCUUGGAUUCGUGCAGCUCUGGAUUGGAAAAUCCAAUUGGUUGUUAUGAUGCCGCGGUUCAGGAACUUAUUGUUAUUGAUGAUCUCCUAUUUGCUUUGGUUGGAAUUGAAGGACGAUACAUUUCAAUCAAAAGAGUGCAUGGAAAGGAUGAUGCUGUUACUUUCCAGGUUGAUGCAUCUAUGGAUUUAGCACUUCAGGAAUUUGCAAGACGGAUAUUUCCUUUGUGUGAGAGCUUUCUCUUGAUUGACCAGUUUGUUGAGUCCAGAUCUCAGUUCAAGAAUGGCCUAGUCAAUCAUGCCUUUGCUGCUGCAUUGAGGGCACUCCUUUUGGAUUAUCAAGCCAUGGUUGCACAGCUUGAACACCAAUUUCGACUUGGAAGACUUUCCAUUCAAGGAUUGUGGUUUUAUUGUCAGCCCAUGAUGGGGUCCAUGCAAGCAUUGUCCACAGUGAUACAGAAGGCUUCAGCUAAUAAUUAUGCAGGUUCUGCAGUGCUUAAUCUGUUACAGAGCCAGGCUAAGGCUAUGGCCGGUGAUAAUGCAGUGAGGUCAUUGCUAGAGAAAAUGACCCAAUCUGCUAGCAAUGCAUACCUUAGCAUAUUGGAAAGGUGGAUCUAUGAAGGAGUGAUUGAUGAUCCAUAUGGUGAAUUUUUUAUUGCUGAGAACAAGUCUCUCCAAAAGGAGAGCCUUACUCAAGAUUAUGAAGCCAAAUAUUGGAGGGAACGUUACAGUCUCAAGGAGGACAUUCCUAGCUUCCUGGCAAAUAUUGCUGGUAUAAUAUUGACUACAGGGAAAUAUCUGAAUGUCAUGAGAGAAUGUGGGCACAAUGUUCAGGUCCCUGUGUCUGAAAAUUCUAAAUUAAUGACUUUUGGAUCCAACCAUCACUAUCUUGAGUGUGUAAAAGCUGCUUAUGACUUUGCCAGUGGUGAGCUCUUAAAUCUCAUUAAAGAAAAGUAUGAUCUAAUAGGAAAGCUGCGGUCUAUAAAGCACUAUCUUCUUCUUGACCAGGGUGAUUUCUUGGUUCAUUUUAUGGAUAUAGCUCGAGAGGUGCUCUUGAAAAAGCAUGAUGAAAUUUCUGUAGAAAAAGUGCAGUCUCUGCUGGAUCUAGCUUUGCGUACCACAGCUGCUGCGGCAGAUCCUUGUCAUGAGGACUUAACGUGUUGUGUGGAGAGAUCUUCAGUUCUUAAAGGAUUGAGCACAUUGAAGGAUCUUGACAUCAGGAAUGUAUCCGACAGUAAUGACCUAGAGGAGGCAAUAAGCAUUACUGGUCUUGAGACAUUUUCCUUGAGCUAUAAGAUUCGGUGGCCACUGUCAAUUGUUAUAUCAAGAAAAGCCUUAACAAAAUACCAGUUGAUUUUCCGCUUCCUUUUUCACUGUAAACAUGUGGAACGCCAGCUUUGUGGGGCUUGGCAAUUGCAUCAAGGAGUUCGUGCUCUUAAUACUCGUGGAACCGCCAUCUCUAGAUCAUCUCUCCUCUGUCGUAGCAUGCUGAGAUUUAUUAACAGUCUUCUGCAUUAUCUAACAUUUGAGGUUCUUGAACCCAAUUGGCAUGUGAUGCAUGGUAGACUUCAGACUGCAAAAAGCAUAGAUGAGGUUAUCCAGCAUCAUGAUUUUUUCCUGGACAAGUGUCUGAGAGAAUGUCUGCUUCUUUUGCCUGAAUUGCUCAAGAAAGUGGGGAAGCUGAAAUCAUUGUGCCUACAAUAUGCAGCAGCAACACAGUGGUUAAUUUCAUCAUCUGUUGACAUUCCCAAGUUAGAGGAACAGUCUGAUGGUUCACUUGGCUCAGAAAGGUCCAAGCCGUUGAAAUCGAGGAACCCAUCUCAGGCGCAAAAAGUCAUGACUAGAAACUCAGCAGUCACUGAUUCCAUUCUUAAAUUUGAGAGGGAAUUCAAUGCUGAGCUUCAGAGUUUGAGACCAAUCUUGAGCAGCAGUUCCCAAGCAGAACCAUAUUUGACGCAUCUUGCCCAGUGGAUCCUAGGUGUUGGGAACGAUCAAUAAGUUUUAGAUCUGUUAACAUCCUGUAAAUUACGUCAAGAUUAUCUGGUCAUAAGGAAUGUGAACCUCUUAGUCACGCCUUUUCUGUCUAUAUAUUGUUGUGCUUGACCGUAGUGAUUAUUGUUCGUGUGGUGCUUGUAUCUCUUUCAUUGCCUCAGAAAGAGAAGAGGGUUGGGGGGUAGGAGGGCUCAAUCUCGUAUAAUGUUGAUCAGAAUCAAGAUGUAUGUACUCAUCUUCUACUUGUGUGGUUAACCAGGCAUUUUUUAAGGUCUCUAGUUUGAGAAAACAAACUGUACCAUGAUAUAAAGAGAGGAAUUGAUAUCAGUUUUUUGGUGCAACAGUUAUUAAUUUUGCUGGGUA